AUGUGCGGGAGUGUGCGCGAGGCGGGGAGUCUCUUGGCGCACACCUCAGUGCUGAACAUGAUACUUUCUCAGAAUGCAUUAACUUUCCGAGCAGUGGUGCUGACAUGCUGGAUCCACCUCUGUACCUGGCACACGGGGGAUGCAAUCCAUCCAGUAUGCACCCUGGUGGCUCAACAUAUGAAGGCUCAAGAACAAUGCAGAUACACACGUCAACAAGAGAACCGCAACCACACCACAAUGACUGGCUGCCGAACAGAGUGGGAUGAGAUUCGUUGCUGGUACAGAGCUGAAGUUGGUCAAGUGGUUAAUGUUUCAUGUUCUGAAGCUUCCCAGCUCUUCGCCGACAACAAUGGUUACAUAUACCGGAAUUGCACAAAGAACGGCUGGACUGACCUUUACCCAUCGUAUGAGGAUGCUUGUAUAUUACCAACCAUGGAAGGAACUGAGACCUCGUAUUUUUCUACAUUCAGACAGGUUUACACUGCGGGCUACGCUACCUCUCUCAUCUCCCUCAUAUCAGCCAUCUUCGUCUUUACAGCAUUCAGGAAGUUCCAUUGUACAAGGAACUACAUCCACAUCAACCUGUUUUCCUCCUUCAUCCUGAGAGCAAGUGCAGUCUUUAUUAAAGAUGGCGUCCUCUUUACCGAUGAAACCCAGGACCACUGUUUCAUGUCUACAGCAUCCUGUAAGGCAGCAGUGGCCUUUUUCCAGUUUAGCAUCCUGGCUAACUAUUUCUGGCUCCUGGUGGAGGGCAUGUACUUGCAGACCCUGCUGGCUCUCACAUUUGUCUCACAAAAAAAGUAUUUCUGGUGGUACAUCCUUAUUGGCUGGGGCCUUCCAACAACAGUCUUGACUAUUUGGGUUCUGGCCAGGAAUUUCUAUGAUAACAGGGGGUGCUGGGACGACACAGAUAUCGCCUUCAUUUGGUGGAUUAUAAAAGGACCGAUUACAAUAUCUCUUCUGGUGAACUUUAUCAUCUUCAUCAACGUGAUCAGGAUACUUGUGGAAAAGCUGAAGUCUCCAGGAGUUGGAGGCAAUGACACCAGUCACUUUACGAGGCUGGCUAAGUCCACUCUGUUCCUGAUCCCACUGUUUGGCAUGCAUUACAUGGUGUUCGCCUUCCUGCCGGAGCACACAGGGGAGGACGCUCGUCUCUACAUUGAGCUCGGCCUGGGCUCAUUUCAGGGCUUUGUUGUGGCUUUAUUGUACUGUUUUCUUAAUGGAGAGGUGCAAGCGGAGCUGAAGAAGAGGCUGUGGAAAUGGCAGAUGCAGGGUUAUAUGAGUUACAGUAAGAGGAGGCGAACAUUGUUCACGGAGAGCAGCACCGUCACUCAGAUUUCUGUUCUAGAAAAAUCCAGCCCUAAGGAGCAGCCUUCAGCUGAGCUCAAAAAUGGCAUCUCACUGGUCUAA